UCACUGCAAUAUUAAGAUCUUUACAACUCUCCUCCGCCAAGGAAUUAUCCAGUAAAUCUCACCAUGAACUUCAACAAGAUCUUUGUUUUCGUCGCCCUCAUUCUGGCCAUCAGCUUGGGACAGUCGGAAGCUGGCUGGCUGAAGAAAAUUGGCAAGAAACUUGAGCGCGUUGGUCAACACACCCGAGAUGCCACAAUCCAGGGUCUGGGAAUAGCUCAACAGGCCGCCAAUGUAGCAGCCACUGCCCGAGGCUAACCACGAUGAUUAACUGUCGCUGAUAAAUUUAAACUAAAAUACUUAUUUAUUCUAUGGUUCUAAGUAAAUAAAAUAUCGGAAAAAAUA